AAUUUGUUUUUUAUUAUUAAUUUGGUGAUUUGGCGCCAGCUGAAAUAUACAUAUUUUUCAGCAAAACUUUUACGCAGACUUAUUAAAUGCAAAUUUGAUUGAAUUUAUUCAAAAAGCAUUGAAUUACAUAUCAACGAUUAUUUAAGAUAACAUAUUAUUAUACAAUACAUAAAUUGUGCGAAAUAUCUAAAAUAUUUAUUAAAAACCACCAGUGACAAAAUUUAAAAAAAGUAGGGAAAACAAUAGAAAGCAAUAGUUGGCUAUUCGCUAAUUAAUAACAUACAUAGGCAUUGAGGCAGUACCAAUUUGGGCAGUUCAAUCAGUUCGUUCUUUACAGUCCGUCGUGGCGUUUCUAAAGAAGAGCAACAACGAAGAAAUCACAUUAUGAAUUUUAGCAACGCUUCACUGCCUUCUACAGUGGUGGAGAUUAUCAAAUUAUUUAAUAGCCUCUCUACCUACACCACUAUCAGACUAUGCGCUUCAUUAAGUCGGAACCGUACUAUGAGGGUCUUCCACCAUUUAAUGUGUCGGGUAGCCCCUUCAGUGUUGUUCCUAUACACAACUAUCCCGAGCUAAUGAAGAAGACAUGCGAGCUGAUUAACUCUGAAUGGCCGCGUAGUGAGACGGCUCGCAUGCGAUCGCUUGAAGCUUCCUGUGAUACACUUCCCUGCAGCUUAGUUUUAACUACGGACGGGAUGAAUCGUGUUAUAGCUCAUUGUAAGUUAAGCCAGAUACCGUCCAAAAAGAUGGCCUGCUUUAUUGAGUCGGUGGUGGUAGACAAAAGUUGUCGUGGACAAGGUUUUGGCAAAUUAAUUAUGAAAUUUGCGGAAGACUAUUGUCGCAUCGUAUUGGAUUUAAAAGCCAUUUACUUAUCAACCAUUGAUCAAGAUGGGUUCUAUGAACGUAUCGGUUAUGAGUACUGUGCGCCCAUAUCGAUGUAUGGGCCGCGUCAUUGUGAACUGCCUAGUUUGGAGAAUGCCAAAAAGAAAUACAUGAAGAAAGUCUUAUAGAUAUCAAUGCCAGUAUUUUUGCGCCAAACAAAAGGAAUUGCAAAAAUUAAUGAUUGGGAUAUUGGCGAAAUUACGAAGAGAAUGGAGAUCACUUCAAGAGGAGGCAAGGUUUACACGCUUUACAGCUUUUAAAAAGUUAAAAAUAAAAUAUACAUACAUAUAAUUAGAAAUAACGCUAUAUCGAAGAAACGCACAAGCCUUUGUCGAUAUUAACAAAUUAAAUUUGUUAUGUAUAAUAUAAAGGAAAUGAACUACGGACUGUAAUAUAGAAAUAUUUAGUUGUUAAAAAUAAGAUAUUGAAGUGAACGUUGCGCCAACUCGGUGAACUAUCAGCUAUCUCUUCGAAUUUUUCGCUAAUCUGCAGCUAAACGCUUUGAUAUACUACAAAUAAUUCCAUUUAUGCAUACAUAUUUUUACUGAUAUUGAUUUCCAAAUAUUGCUUUUUAAUUGUAUUUCUUUUUAUUAAAGUUUCAGUUCAUCUGCUUUGAUAUGCUAACAAAAAAACUUUUGUUAUGCUAGCAUUUCAUCAGCAUUAUUCUUUCUGGACCUGGCUUAUUUAUUAUUGACUUUCUUUAUUAUUUUGAAAUAGACGUAUUUUUAUUUUCAUCAAAUUUAAUAUUUUUUUACAAAAUCGCAAGAUAUUUUAAUAAUUAAUACAACGCAGUUGUGUUGUAAACGUAUCAAAGCAAUUAUAAAAUAUAUUGAGAGCGAAUGAAUCUGCCACAUAAUAUCACACGUUAAAAUCUUCCAACAAUAAUUAAACAUAGUGUACAUAUGUAUGUUUGUAGUUUAUAUAUACAGUACAUUCUUUUUUAGUUAUUGUUUAAGAAUGUAAUUGUUAACAAUGCUUUGUAGGUUUAGUAAUACAUAAGUAUUUAUAAUAAAAAUCCAAACUGAAAAGUGAAAUGAACACAACACCGCAUACAUGUAUGAUUAUGUAGACAACACAAUGAGUUUAUUAAAUAUAAAACACGAGUUGAUGAUAAUUGAUAACAAUAAAUAACAUAGUUUUUAAAUACAAA